AUGCCGAAUUUAAAGUUACUUCUGUUUGCGUGCGUGAUCGUGGUGACCUUUACCUCGGGUUACUGCAAUUUGGGUCUCGUAGAGGUCGACAUUGGUGGUGGAGUCGUUGGACAGCCAAAGGGCAAAGAGAAAAAAGGUGAAGCGGAUAAGGGUGCCGUCGAAAAGCCGAAAGAACAAAAAAGUGAAUCGGAAGACACGACCAAGGCUCCGGAAGUUACGAGCCAACCUCCAAAAAAGGUCGAGGAGCCGAAGAAGAAACAGCAGCAGAAAAAGGUCGAAGGUGAUAAAGGUGUUGCCAGUGAUUCGUCGGCCAAGGAACCAAAGGUGCCCGGUGGCAAGGGUGGCAAGGGAGGUUUGGGUGGGCUGGGCGGUGAUCCCGGAAAACCCGGCACGGAGGGAGAAAAGGGCGAGGAGGGCAAGCCCGGACAAUUUGGCCCCAAUGGCGAGCAGCUGAGCGGAGCUGGAGGUUCCGGUGGUUCCGGUGGUAAGGGUGGACACGGUGGUGGCGGAGUCGGAGGAGGCAAGGGAGGCGCCGGAGGCAAGGGUGGUGCCGGAGGUGAUGGAGGCGCCUAUUACAGCGGAAGAAGCGGCAGGGGUGGCCGCGGUGGACUCGGUGGACUAGGAGGCCGAGGCGGACGAGGCGGAGCUGGAGGAGCCGGUGGCGAAGGGGGCAGAGGAGGCGAAGGUGGUAGAGGAGAAUCCAGUCAGCAACAACAACAACAGCAGCCUGGUGGUAAUAACGGAGGAAAUGGUGGUAACGGUGGUAAUGGCGGUAACGGUGGAGACGCAACAACCGACUCCAGCAACGGCGGAAACGGGGGAAAUGGAGGCAACGGUGGUAACGGGGGCAACGGGGGAAACGCCUAA